CCUAACAUCUACAGCCAGAUUCUGGCGUCACUAAGCGGUGACAUCACCACGCCCUUUAACCUCACGACCUCAGGUCAUCAGCUUCUUCUGCGCUGGUCCUCUGACCAUGGCACCAACAGGAAAGGUUUUCCACGUCAGAUAUGUGGGUGAGUAUCAAAGUAUGUAUCCUGUUAAUAAUGACUUUCCUUCAACCAGCAUGUCUUCAUACACCCCCCUAUACCACACAACCAAUAGGAGUUAUUAACAUCAUGGCGAAGUAGUCCAGAAAUAGACUGGCCAUUGGGCAGUUCUGGCAAAUGCCAGAUGGGCUGGUCCAUCUUUAGCCCAGUGGGCCGGUCUAAAUCGGGGGUUUUGGGCUAAAUGAUCAUUAUUUGUAUAAUAAUGGGUCAGGGAGGACAAAAUGGACUGGUUUGUUAGAAAUGCACAUGCCGAUUUCUGAUCCCAGUACAUCCCUGAUCCCAGUACAUCCCUGAUCCCAGUACAUCCCUGAUCCCAGUCCAUCCCUGAUCCCAGUACAAUCCCUGAUCCCAGUACAUCCCUGAUCCCAGUCCAUCCCUGAUCCCAGUCCAUCCCUGAUCCCAGUCCAUCCCUGAUCCCAGUACAUCCCUGAUCCCAGUCCAUCCCUGAUCCCAGUCCAUUCCUAGGCACCGUCCAUCUCUCAUCCCAACACAUCCCUGGGCCCCAUCCAUCCUUGGGCCCCAUCCAUCCCUGGGCCCCAUCCAUCCCUGGGCACCGUCCAUCUCUCAUCCCAAUACAUCCCUGGGCCCCAUCCAUCCCUGGGCCCCAUCCAUCCUUGGGCCCCAUCCAUCCCUGGGCCCCAUCCAUCCCUGGGCCCCAUCCAUCCCUGGGCCCCAUCCAUCCCUGGGCCCCAUCCAUCCCUGGGCCCCAUCCAUCCUUGGGCCCCAUCCAUCCCUGGGCCCUAUCCAUCCUUGGGCCCCAUCCAUCCCUGGGCCCCAUCCAUCCCUGGGCCCCAUCCAUCCCUGGGCCCCCAUCCAUCCCUGGGCCCCAUCCAUCCCCUGGGCCCCAUCCAUCCCUUGGGCCCCAUCCAUCCUGGGCCCCAUCCAUCCCUGGGCCCCAUCCUCCUGGGCCCCAUCAUCCCUGGGCCCCAUCCAUCCCUGGGCCCCAUCCAUCCUUGGGCCCCAUCCAUCCCUGGGCCCCAUCCAUCCCUGGGCCCCAUCCAUCCUUGGGCCCCAUCCAUCCCUGGGCCCCAUCCAUCCUUGGGCCCCAUUACUGAAAACAAACAGGCCUUUAGGAUUCCCUAUUAAUUCCCUACUGAACAGGAAUUAGUCUAGCCAUCACAAUCAUCACUGUGUUGUGUGUAAAUGUUGUCUUUUGUUGUGUUGUGUUGUAAUGGACUGUUCUAUGUGCACACUGUAAGGACAAUUGAGUUAUUAUUAUAAUCAUUAUGUACUUGUCUGAAAGCAGAGAAAAGGGCAACCAGUGAAGAACAAACACCAUUGGAAAUACAACCCAUAUUUAUGUUUAUUUAUUUUCCCAUUUGUACUUUUAACUAUUUGCACUAUUUGCACACUUUUAACUAUUUGCACAUUGUUACAACACUGUAUAUCUACAUAAUAUGACAUUUGAAAUGUCUUUAUUCUUUUGGAACUUCUGAGUGUAAUGUUUACUGUUCAUAUUUAUUGUUUAUUUAACUUUUGUUUAUUAUCUACUUCACUUGCUUUGGCAAUGUUAACAUACGUUUCCCAUGCCAAUAAAGCACUUAAAUUGAAAAUUGAGAGAGAGAGAGAGAGAGAGAGAGAGAACUUUUUUUUUUUAAAUCUUGCUGUUCAUGUUUUAAAGUGUUGCUAUGCUCAGCUCAGUGUGCACAGCAGUAACAUCCACCAUGUUGUAGAGACGUGACAGUCCUUAGGCCAUCUCUCUCAUUAUCUCAUAAAUAGAAUGUAUUUUUCAUAAGUUUCUGUGAAUAACAAUUUAACAUCAACGUCAAGCAAACUUUGUUAAUUGCUGUACACCCCCUCUCCUCUCCUCACCUCCUCUCCUCUCCUCUCCUCUCCUCCUCCUCUCCUCUCCUCUCCUCUCCUCUCCUCUCCUCUCCUCUCCUCUCCUCUCCUCUCCUCUCCUCCUCUCCUCUCCUCUCCUCUCCUCUCCAUCUCCUCUCCUCUCCUCUCCUCUCCUCUCCUCUCCUCUCCUCUCCCUCUCCCUCUCCUCAGCUAUGUACUGCAGUACCCCAGACUCUCCCCAGCAGGGUUUUGUAGUGAGCCAGACAGGAGGGCAUCUCAACAGUGUGGUGGCGUUGGGGGCUGUGACCGGGGCUACAGGCUUAUUGGAAAAGGCCACAGGUGUCUGUAAGAAGACGGCCUAUGGGUAUUUUGCCUGGGACUCCGCCGGUACCUGCAUGUCA